AUGCGCAGCGCUGUUGUUGUAGUCCUCGUAGCAGUGAUGACUCUGAGCCUCCAGGAGACAGAGGCUGAGAGGAGCCUCCAGUACCUCGAACGGGAGGUGGUGUCCGAGUUGGCGGCGCAGAUCCUGCGCGUGGCUCAGGGACCCUCGGCCUUCGUCGCGGGCCCUCACAAGCGCAACUCGGAGCUGAUCAACUCCCUCCUGGGGAUCCCCAAGGUCAUGACCGACGCCGGGAGGAGAUAA